AUGCGUCCUCAAAUACUUCAGAUUAUUCACCAAGGCCAUCUGGGGGCAGAAAAGUGUAACUUGAAAGCUAGAGACUGUGUUUUUUGGCCAGGUAUCUCAAAGGAUAUUAAUGAAAUGGCUUCCAACUGCGCCACUUGCAUACAGUUUUCUAAACGCCAGCCAAAGGAACCCUUACACCCUCACUGUGUACCCAGUUUUCCUUGGCAAAAACUUGCCACCGAUUUGUUGGACUACCAAGGCGCGCAAUAUCUGUUGGUAACAGAUUAUUACAGCAAGUACCCCAUCAUGAGAAAGCUGAGCUCCACUACAUCUACUGCUGUCAUUAACCAUCUCAAGUCAAUAUUUUCAGAAAAUGGGGUACCAGAAACCUUGAUAUCUGAUAAUGGCUCACAGUACAACUUUCAAGAAUUUGCAGCCCUGUGCAAGCAGUGGGGCAUUGACUAUGUGACAAGCUCACCACUGUAUCCACAAAGCAACGGUUUCGUAGAGCGGUCAGUCCAGACGGUAAAGAACCUUCUACGAAGAGUAGAAGCUUCGGGACAAGAUCCAUACUUAGCAUUGCUGACAUACCGGACCACACCUGUAGACAGCAACUUACCGUCACCUUCUCAGCUGCUGAACCAUAGAGAUUACCGCACACAACUGCCAUGCAGUGGCCAUCUCCAACGUUCACAAGCUUUUGAUAGCCGCAGAGAGCAACUACAAAAUCGACAGGACACCCAGAGAAACCAGUACGACCGCCAAGGGAUACAUACGCUUCGACGACUAAAUCAAGGCGAGCAAGUAGUUGUGUUCCAAUCACAGACCAAGGAAUGGAUUGCCGUAGAGGUAAAGGAAGAGACCAGUAAACCAAGGUCCUACAUAGUCAAGACAGCGAGUGGGUCUGAGCUAAGACGCAACAGAGUCCAGCUAAAGCCUUUACCUUUCCAGAAAACACCAACAACCUGUGGAGAACAAGUUAUUAGCAACCAGGAGAGUACACUGCCGGACAGCCACGAGACAAAGCCCUUACCUCUUCAGACGUCAUCGUCUGAAUUACCUCAGGCACUUGCCAAGUCACCAUUACCUUCCAACCAAGACAGUGACAAGUUGCCUAGGACAACCAGGAGUGGCCGCAUUGUAAAGGAGCCAUCUAAACUAGACUUAUAA